GGCCAGAAUGGCUGCAAGCUCAGAGAUCAUCACUCAGGUCAUUGUGAUCUAAGGCCUAAAGCAAAAACUUGGUGUGGAUUGAUUGAGUACAAUUAUUAGAAGCAGAUAUGGAAAAUGAACCAGACCAUGAAAAUGUGGAUCAGAGCCUCUGUGCCCAAACUACUGAAGAAGAACUGAAUAAGUCUUUCAGUCUAGAAGCUUCACUUUCAAAAUUCUCCUACAUAGAUCUGGACAAGGAACUGGAACUCAAAAAUGAUCUGAUUGAUGACAAGGAAUUUGAUAUUCCUCAAGUCGACACUCCUCCAACACUGGAAAGCAUACUAAAUGAGACUGAUGAUGAAGAUGAGUCUUUUGUUCUUGAGGAUCCCACAUUGUUAAAUAUUGAUACUAUUGAUUCUCACUCCUAUGAUACUUCGUCUGUGGCAAGCUCAGAUAGUGGUGACAGGAGCAACUUAAAAAGGAAAAAGAAAUUACCUGAUUCUUUUUCACUCCAUGGAUCAGUUAUGCGACAUUCACUUUUGAAGGGAAUCUCUGCCCAGAUAGUGUCUGCAGCUGACAAAGUAGAUGCUGGCUUACCUACAGCAAUUGCAGUGUCCAGCCUGAUAGCAGUGGGUACAUCUCAUGGACUGGCUUUAAUAUUUGACCUGGGAAAAAGGAGUAUGAAGCUGAAAGGAACCUCCAGUUGUCAUCUUAUCUGUCUCCAGCUGUUGGUGGUGAUUUUUUAUUCUAAAUCAUACCUGAAUAAUGGGGUAUUCCAAAGGAUCUUUAGGGAAAGAGAUUCCCCAAACUUUCUCAUAAUUUUCAGUAAUUCUUCUUCAUUUCCAUUAUAAAUUUCUCUAAAUUGGAAAUCUCAGCCCAUAAUCACACUCUUUUCUUGGUUGAGAAGAGAACUUAACUAGU